CACGUUAUUUUUAUAUUUUAUUUGAUAACUUAACUUCAUCUCUAUCCUCUGUCUCCUUAUCAUCCGUACUUCUCAAAGCUGUCGCGGAUAUUCACACAAGGAUACACACGGAUAUUGGAGCUACAGCCUACUGUUAGAUAUAUAUACAGCAAUUAGAGUUACACGCCACUAUAAGAACGCACACGGCUAUCAAUCAGACAGGGAGCUAUCAGAGAUACACCAAGCUAUCAGAAAAACACUCAGCUAUCCUAUCAUCUCUUCAACACCAUCCGUCCCAAUGUCCAUCCUCACCCCCCGCGACUCCGCCAUCCUCUCCUCCCUCUUCACGGCCGAACCCCCCGCUCCCGCCUCGCUCCCCCCUCCCCCUCCACCCCCCGGACUCCCCAACUUCCCCUCCUCCCUCCUCCAAAGCAUCCAAACCCUCGAAUCCUCCGCCCUAAAACCUCUCAACACCGCCUCACCCCCUGCAUCCACAAUCACCACCGCCAUCGAGGAGCUGACAUCGCUUAUCGAAGCACACCCUACAUAUCCCUCCGCCUAUAACAAUCGCGCCCAGGCGCUACGGUUAUUACAUGGCUCGGACCUUACAGUCGCUUCAGCGGGGGAGAGUGGUAUAAUGGCUGAUCUCGCCCAAGCAAUCCGACUAUGCACGCCCACCACAACAGGGCUCCAAGCCGACAUCCUCGCAAAAGCGUACACCCAGCGCGGCGCCGUUCUCCUCUUAACCUCCACCACAAUGCGAACUCUCGAGUCCGGCAGAAGUAAAGAUGGUGGAGCAGUGCAGGUGCAGGUGCUGGGAGGGAGGAACGCGGAUGAGGUGGAGGAGAUGGCAAGAGCGGAUUUUAGGGAGGGGAAGAGGGCGGGGGGGGAGGUGGCGGGCGAGAUGGAUGUUAAGAUGAAUCCGGUGAGGAAGCUGUGUGGGGAGAUUGUGAGGGAGGCGAUGGUGAGGGAUUUGAGGGAGAGUGGGGUGUUGCCGGCUGAGGAUUGAGGGGGAUAAGUUGGGAGUACUGGCGUUUGGAUGGGAAUUUUGCAAGCGCUUUAUUGAUGGGCGAAUGAUGGGAUGAGAGAUGGCGGGUGUAAGAUGCAGUAGAGAAUGAUAAUGAGAAAUGUUAGACAAUACUAAG